UAUGUGAAGUAAAUUUAAGACCAACGAGAAGCUGUGAAGGAAGACGGAAGAAGAGAGUUGUUCUUCAUUCACUGCUGCAGCUUGGCUGGCGGGGAUCGAUCGUCGAUGGCAGGAUCGUCGAUUCUUCCGAUGACCGUCGUCCUCAUCUCACCUUCUUCCUCCUCCUCCUCCGCCGUCCGAUCCCAUCUCUCUCAGAGUACUGUUUCUCUCCUCCCGAGCCGUUGCGACAGCAGAGAUCAAUUCGUCCUGUCCUCCUCCUCCUGCAGAAACUCGAGGCUCAGACUUCAGGAGGGAGAUAGAAAGUUACCAUCCUUCAGGAUCACAUCCAUGGCUGCUACUUUUGGUUCGCGAUUGAAGGAAACCGUGAAGAAGACGGUUGACGAUAAUCCCGUCGUUGUCUACUCUAAAUCAUGGUGUUCGUACUCAUCCGAGGUCAAGACAUUAUUCAGACGGCUUGGCAUCGAGCCACUUGUCAUAGAAUUGGACGAACUUGGAGCCCAAGGACCACAAUUGCAGAAAAUGCUACUAAGGAUAACUGGACAACAUACCGUCCCUAAUGUAUUUGUUGGAGGCAAGCAUAUUGGCGGUUGUACAGACACGGUCAAGUUGUAUCAUAAAGGGGAACUUCAGGCAUUACUGUUAGACGUUUGCGCCAAGAAUUCGUCGCAGAGCUAACCUGCAUGCAUCUCGACCCCUAGUUUAAGGAUAGAAUAUUUGUUAUUCAUGGCUUAUCAAUUGAUUCUCAGUUUUCAGUAAAAAUAAAUAAUUCAUGGCUAACUAAUAAAUAAUUCAUUCACCUACU